AUGAUAUCCACAAUACAGAACCCUGGAGCCUCUCUUAUCUCCCAGCUAGCGUCUCCGCCAAAUAUAUCUCUACAAUUACUCGGAACGCACACGACGGGAGAACAGACCGAAGUUGUCGAUUUUGAUCUCUGGAUUGAUUGUUCAAGGAGCGCGAAAAUCAAGUCUGGAGAAUUCUUGACGGGCAACGAACGUGAUCGUCGCUAUUGGGACCAGUCCGGUGAAUUGAGUGACAGUUUCUCGACAACAUCAUCUGGAUGGCUUCAAGAGUGGCUUGGUGACAGCAACAACGGAAGAAGCUGGACGAUCAAUAAACUAGUCUCUUUGCGUGAUGACGAUUCCGCUGCUAUAAAAACCCACGCGGAGGGCCUCGCACGCCAAAUCGCGUAUGGCGGAUCCAUCAUUGUUGAAAUUCAUACACCAUCUCCCGAGGCGGAUGUCGCUGAAAACACCGCGGAGGUACGAGCGGAGUGGAGCUUUGGCACUCCCUUCAUUUCCACGGAUCAAUAA